UGUCUGCACACCUCGCUCUGUCUGCCAUGGCUCGUUAAAGAACCAUCCGGAUCGCUGCGCGGGGGGAGGGCAGCGUGGGGGGAGAGCGGCGGCCGCGCGUGAGGCCGAGGGAGGGGCGGCGGCGCAAGCGGCAGCGGCAGCGGCGGUUCCAGCAUGAAGAGGAGAGCUGGCCUGGGGGGCAGCAUGAGGUCAGUGGUGGGCUUCUUGUCCCAGCGGGGCUUGCAUGGGGACCCCCUGCUCACUCAGGACUUUCAGAGGAGACGCCUGCGGGGCUGCAGAAACCUCUACAAGAAGGACCUUCUCGGCCACUUCGGCUGUGUCAAUGCCAUUGAAUUCUCCAACAAUGGAGGCCAGUGGCUGGUCUCAGGAGGAGACGAUCGCCGGGUUUUGCUAUGGCACAUGGAACAAGCCAUCCACUCCAGAGUCAAGCCCAUACAGCUGAAAGGAGAGCAUCAUUCCAACAUUUUUUGCCUGGCUUUUAACAGUGGGAAUACCAAAGUAUUCUCUGGAGGAAAUGAUGAGCAGGUUAUCCUCCAUGACGUUGAAAGCAGCGAGACCCUGGAUGUGUUUGCCCAUGAAGAUGCGGUAUAUGGCUUGUCGGUGAGCCCAGUGAAUGACAACAUUUUUGCCAGCUCUUCAGAUGAUGGCCGGGUUCUAAUCUGGGACAUCCGAGAGUCUCCCCAUGGAGAGCCCUUCUGCCUGGCCAACUAUCCAUCAGCCUUUCACAGUGUCAUGUUUAACCCUGUGGAGCCCCGGCUAUUGGCCACGGCCAAUUCAAAGGAAGGAGUGGGACUCUGGGAUAUACGAAAACCUCAGAGUUCUCUACUGCGCUACGGUGGCAACCUCUCCCUCCAGAGCGCCAUGAGUGUGCGAUUCAACAGCAACGGGACCCAGCUCUUGGCCCUGAGGCGCCGCUUGCCUCCUGUGCUCUAUGACAUCCACUCCCGCCUGCCCGUGUUCCAGUUUGACAAUCAGGGCUACUUCAAUUCUUGCACCAUGAAAAGCUGCUGUUUUGCAGGAGAUCGUGACCAGUACAUCCUAUCAGGUUCUGAUGACUUCAACCUGUACAUGUGGAGAAUUCCUGCAGAUCCAGAAGCAGGUGGCAUUGGUAGGGUGGUCAACGGAGCCUUCAUGGUGCUGAAAGGGCAUCGAUCUAUUGUUAACCAGGUCCGGUUUAAUCCCCACACCUACAUGAUCUGCUCUUCUGGUGUAGAAAAGAUUAUCAAGAUCUGGAGCCCAUACAAGCAGCCAGGAUGUACUGGAGACCUCGACGGUCGGAUUGAGGAUGAUUCUCGCUGCCUCUAUACCCAUGAAGAGUACAUCAGCCUUGUGCUGAACAGUGGGAGUGGCCUAUCACAUGACUAUGCCAACCAGUCAGUCCAGGAGGACCCCCGGAUGAUGGCCUUCUUUGACUCCCUAGUGCGCCGAGAGAUCGAGGGCUGGAGCUCUGACUCAGACAGUGACCUCAGCGAGAGUACUAUCCUCCAGCUGCACGCUGGGGUCAGCGAGCGCUCAGGCUACACGGACUCAGAGUCUUCAGCUUCACUGCCCCGCUCCCCGCCCCCCACAGUGGAUGAGUCUGCUGACAAUGCCUUCCACCUCGGGCCUCUGCGGGUCACCACCACAAACACGGUGGCAUCAACUCCGCCACCACCUACAUGUGAGGAUGCUGCCUCUCGCCAGCAGCGCUUGUCUGCUCUGCGGCGCUACCAGGACAAGCGCCUCCUGGCCCUUUCCAAUGAGUCUGAUUCUGAAGAGAAUGCCUGUGAGGUUGAACUGGACACAGAUCUCUUCCCCCGACCUCGGUCACCCAGCCCUGAAGAUGAGUCCAGCAGCUCCAGCAGCUCCAGCAGCUCAGAGGACGAGGAGGAGUUGAAUGAACGCCGAGCCUCUACCCGGCAGCGAAAUGCUAUGCGGCGCCGGCAGAAGACACCCCGAGAAGAGAGGCCUAGUGCCCCAACCAAGUCCACCAGCACCUACAUUGGAGAAGACAACUACGAUUACCCCCAGAUCAAAGUGGAUGACCUCUCCUCCUCCCCUGCCUCCUCCCCUGAGCGGAGCACUUCCACUUUGGAGAUUCAGCCAAGCCGGGCAUCACCAACCUCCGACAUAGAAUCAGUUGAGCGAAAGAUUUAUAAAGCUUACAAGUGGCUUCGCUACUCCUAUAUCUCCUACUCAAAUAACAAAGAUGGAGAGACCUCCCUCGUGACUGGGGAGGCAGAUGAUGGGAGAGCAGGAACCAGCCGCAAGGACAACCCAAUCCCUUCUUCCAGUAAGGAAGUCUGUCUAAACACAGCCGUGGCCCAGAGAAACCAGGACCUACCCCCUGAAGGCCGCAGCAAGGACGCUUUUAAAGAAGGGACUUCUACUAGAAACCCCAGCAAUGGCCCAGGCCAUGAGCACAGCAGCCAUACUUGGGCAGAGGUGCCAGAGGGCACCUCUCAGGACACUAACAAUAGUGGCUCUGUAGAACACUCUUUUGAAACCAAGAAGCUCAAUGGAAAAGCCUUGAGCAAGGCCCUGAGCAGCCGGUCUGAGGAGUCGCCCUCUCCUCCUGUCCCCAAGGCAUCUGGCUCCACUCCCAGCAGUGGGUCUGGCAACUGUCCCAGGACCCAGUCUGAUGACAACGAAGAGAGGAGCCUUGAAACCAUCUGUGCCAACCACAACAAUGGACGCUUGCACCCCCGCCCCCUUCAUCCCCACAACAAUGGGCAGAACUUUGGGGAACUGGAGAUGAUGGCUUAUUCUUCUCCAGGACAUUCAGACACUGACCAUGAUAACUUGUCCCUGGCAGGGACACUCCUUCACAGAGAUUGUUGUGGGUCUGAAAUGGCCUCUGAGACCCCCAGUGCUGGAAUGAGAGAGGAUCCGACUGAUCCCCCAGCCACAGACAGCAGCAGCAGGGGUAUUCAUGGCCACAGUGGCCUCAAAAGGCAUCGAGUAGAAUUGGAAGAUGGAGAUCCAGAGAAUUCUUCCUCAGAGAAGAAAUUAAAGACAUGAUAAAUAUAAAGGGGAGGGGGGAAAAGCUACGAAAAGUAGCUUUACCAAAAAAGAAAAAGAGAAACAAAUUCUGUUUAGUGAACACAGAGGAAAGGAAAAAAAAGUAUUAAAGGCACGUAAAAACCAGGGCCUGAAAUUUUGUGUCUGACGCUGCUCCCUUCUAUUCAACGAUGGGUCUGAAUGUUUAGUUGGCUGUUGGCUUAUGCUGUGGUAAGAAAGGGGGGAAAAAAAGUGACUCCCCUAGCGAGGCUUGAGCAUAGUGUACCUGUGCAAGGUUCUGUUAAAGUAAAUCCUCAUUGAGAUGUUUGACUUGUUCUUGUGUAUGUGUGCACUGGCACGCGUGAGUUCAGCCUCUUUGCCCAGCUGUCUCAAGACUUUUCUUUUAGUUCUCGAUCAGAGUGGAUCUAUGGAUGUGUAUUUUUUGCCAUCUCACCCUGUUUACAUGCCGUAGAUGUUCAGGCUUAAUGAUGAGUGCCUGUUAAGUUAGGUUGUGCUGCCACUGAAUUGUGGAUUCACGCUGGAAGAAUAGAAAGGAGAAUGGAAACAGGCUUUCAGCCCAUUGGUUGGGCUGGAGAGGAAAGCACGGUUGCAUUCUUAAAGAAACCUUCCAUGUUCUCUCUAAGUAGCACUUCUUCUUUGAGCAUUUAAUGUGGACAUGCUUAAAGAUGGAACAUUUUUAAUGCUAAUGAGAGGUUAGCACUUAAGAUCAAAUUCAAGGAGAACGUAGAUCCCUGAUAAAUCUCACUGUUUGCAAAUUGAAUAAUGCUGCAACACAUACUGUAUGGAGGCCACAAAAUAUGACUAGUUAUGGGUGACACACUAUAACCAGUUAGGUACUAGUUCUAAAGGCACUCAAAAAGCCACAGGUGCUUCCUUCACCCCAUGUGAUGGAUCUAGGCAUAUUGAAAGAGAGCUCUCAAGAGCUUUGUGUUGAACUGCUAAAGUGAACGCUUAUAGGUGUGUUAAUGAAGAAAAGUAGUGAAGAGGAGAGUGUGGUACUAGAUUCAUUUAAUUCAACCCAAAACCACUGGUCAGAAUCGGUGGGACUGGCAUUUUCUCCCAGGCUUGCAGUUGACAGAGGCUGUGGUGUUCUGACUAGAACUUGCAGAGCAGUAGGCACCUCAAAGUUACAGAUCCUUAUUGAGUAGAUCUGCUAGGAGGCACAGGCUGUGAGAGAGGAGUUGCUGGUUAAAACUCAUGACUCCCAGAAGAGACUCAGUUGCACUGGGGUAGAUGAUUGAGGGGGAAAUGAUCAAGAGAUUUGUAGUGGUGGUUACAGCCACCUGGGUAUCAAUGAAGGGCUCUGCAAAACAGGAAAAGCUAGGAAUGACCAGAUAUCUUGUUGGUGUAGAUGUCCCGGAAGAAGGAACAGAGAGAGAGAGAAGUACAGCUUUCUUGUGUGCAAGGGUGCCAGACAACUAGUAGCCCAGCUGGAAUUGGCUUAGGAGGAUCUCAUGGGUGCCUGAUGUGGCCUCACUGACCCAGCCCUCCUUUUAGAGGAGGACCUGGCCUGCUGGAACUGGGAUGGAGAGAGACAGCCUGUAGAGGAUGAAGACUGGGAUGAAUGCAGGCACGGGGGAGGGGGGUUAUUUAUAAAAAGAAGGUUGUUGAUCUAAGCCGAAAGGAGAUGUCAUCCUGCUAAGCUUUUUGCACAAGGAAAGAUGUGCCUGGUUUUGUGAUGCAAAUUUGUGUGAAAAUACUAUCUUGGAAGAAGAUGUUUUCUAUCAGCAGUGUGAGUAGCAGUGGGGAAGCUUUCCAUUUAACAACUGUAAUCUUACUGGGGGAGCAGGAAAGUGAUUCUGUAACCAACAUUAGAAUUACUUUGGACUUGUAAUCAAAAUGGUUCUAUGAUUUGUCUUUGACUAUUCACGGAUAAUUGUAAAUUCUGAUUUUAUAAGCCCGAGUCAUUUUACAUUUGCUUUUCCAAAAUUUAUUAAAUUGGAAUUUUUUAAUCCUUUAAUACAAAAAAAGGUACAAUCACUCAGUGUGUGUUUCUCUUCCCCUUCCCAGUCAGCUUACCCAAUUGUUUAUUUUAAUCUAAUCACUAGGUUACCUCUUCUGACUUCUCUAAGGACAAUCCACAUAUCUUCCUGGAGAAAAAGAAGUAGGUAAAGUUCCCUUGAGAACUGUCUACUUGGUAGUUACAGUUCCCGAAUGGAAAACUUGGUCUUUUCACGUUAAAAGCCUUAAUCGUGUUUGGGUACCCAAAAGAGAGUCAGUGUUCAUUCUGGUUAACUUUACAAUCCAAGAAAGAUCAUUUUUAGCAAGGAUGUCCUUCCGUCCUUGGGAGAGACUCUUCCCAGCACCUGAGGUUCAGCUUACCAGGAAAUAGACCCCACGAGAUAUAAUAGCAGCAGGCUGAGAAAUGUUUGUCUUCCUAGCCAGUCCACCCUCAUUUCCAAAGAUCUCAUGCCUGUGACUGUGGUCCUGGAGAUCUUGCACGAACCACUUCUAGGGUCCCUUUUCCUUUUCGAAAGCCCUUGUAAAAUUGAGGCCCCAACUUUGGAGGCACGUUAAGAAUUACCUGACAGUGCCUGUUGUGUUUUCUCUGCAUCCUGUACAUAAAGUUUUAGGAUCUGGUCCAGAUAAGGUAACAGCUUCUCUCCACUUGAUUUUCCAGCUGGUUUUGUAAGCGAUUCCUGUGUCUCUAGGACAGCAGGUAAAUCGGAUGUUGGCUUGGGGCAAAUGAAGAUUGCAACUGUGUUUCAUCUAAUAAGCUGAGUCUUGUUUGUACGUCAAGGUGCCUUCUUCUGCUGAAGCCUUACUUCCUCACAAGCCCUGCCUCUUCUCACCCAGCAAUGGUUAAACUCUUCUCUUGUGUAUAUGCAAAUAAACCUAAACCUAUUAUUCACUUCUAACGUCUUCCUCUUCUCUUCCAGGGAAGGCUUGGUUGCUUAGACACCCCCUCCUCCUCCUUUUCUGUUUUAAUUCUUGCCUGUUCAAGUCAUUUGGGGCGGGGGGCAGGUAUUUUUUAGCCCGAGGACAGUUUUAGCCUAGUUGGAAACUAGAUUUAAAGCUGCUGAAAAAAAAAGCCCAUUGCCAUGAAGUCAAUUGUGACUCAUAGCGACCCCAUA